UGACGUGAACUAACGAAACGUCACUCGUCACUAUUUAUCUUGCUGUAUUAUUUUUAAUUGCUCCAAUGAUUAAUUAAUCAUGGGAACUCCUGGAAAGAUCCAGAAACUCGAUGAAGUCGUGGUGAACAGAAUCGCCGCUGGAGAAGUGAUUCAGAGGCCAGCGAAUGCCCUGAAGGAGCUAAUCGAGAACAGUCUUGACGCCAAAUCCACGAACAUCCAGGUAACCGUGAAGGACGGUGGCCUGAAAUCCCUGCAGAUCCAGGACAACGGUACGGGGAUUCGUCGGGAGGACUUGGAGAUCGUCUGCGAGCGUUUUACAACAUCGAAACUGAAGAAAUUCGAUGAUUUAAAAUCGAUAUCGACGUUUGGAUUUCGGGGUGAGGCCCUGGCGUCGAUGUCCCACGUGGCACACCUGACGAUCACGACGAAGACGAUUUCCGAUAAAGUCGCGUACAAGGCGUCGUACCUCGAUGGAAAGCUAAAGGGUGCCCCUAAGCCCCUGGCAGGCAACCAGGGAACAACAAUUCUCAUCGAAAAUUUGUUCUACAAUGUCGUAACCAGGAGGAAAGCCCUGGCAAGUCCCUCUGAGGAGUUCUCCAGGAUCUCCGAGGUCGUAACGAAGUACUCAAUUCAUAAUCCCAGUGUUGGUUUCACCCUGAAGAAGCAGGGGGAGGCCCUCCCCUCCGUCAGGACCCCCCACAACUCAUCGAACAUCAGCAAUAUUAAAGUUCUCUAUGGUAACACCAUCACCAGGGAUUUACUGGAGAUAAACCUCGACGAUGACAGCCUCCAGUUCAAGAUGCACUGCCUCCUGACGAACCCCAAUUACUCCCACAAGAGACUGACGUUUAUUCUCUUCAUUAAUCAUAGGCUCGUGGAGUCAACGUCCAUCAGAAAAAUGCUGGAGGAUCUCUACUCGAUUUAUUUACCCAAGAAGACUCACCCCUGGUGCUACCUCUCUUUGGAAAUUAAUCCUUUGAAUAUUGACGUUAAUGUUCAUCCCACGAAGCACGAGGUGCGUUUUCUCCACGAGGACUCCAUCAUCGAGAGGGUAAAAUGUGCUCUGGAUGAGCAACUCUCCAGGAGCAAUGCCUCCAGGACAUUCUACGUUCAAGCGAGACUGCCCCAGGUCGAUAUCACCAAGGACAUCCUCGAGAAGGUUCUCCCUGAGUUCGAUAAAGGAGAGAAAAAGAAAAUUUCUGCCAAGGAGAUGAUUAGGACUGACGCUAAUGACCAGAAGCUUGAUAAAUUCAAUUUUACUGUCAGUAAAAAGGAAAAUGGAGGGGGUAGUUUAGGAGAGGAUCCUGGGAGGAUUGAAGAGGGCAUUGAGGGGAAAUCGAAUGAAAAGGAAGGGGAUCAGGAAGGGGAUCAGGAAGAGGAUCAGGAAGGGGAGGCUGUGGAGAAGAGAAAAGAGAAGAGAGUAGGUCCCUGUUUGUUUGGAACUCCAAGGAAGGAAUUUGUGGUGGAUUUUAAGGCUGGAGAACCUUCUGGAGAAGAGGUCCUUGAGGACCUGAAGACUCCCGAGGGAAAGAAGAAAGUCGUGGAUUCACACUGGAGUUCUUUGGUAGACGAACUGUCCUCUCAGGAAACUGUCAAGGUGGAAAACGAUUCUGGUAAUUGUCCUAAGGAUUAUGAGGGAGGGGUGAUGCUGCCUCGAGAGGUCCUCGAACUCCUCAGCUCUGAUGGAGAGAGCUCAAAUGACGCUCUAGGACCUUCAGAUGUCAAUUCCAGUGUUGCUGAUAGAGCACUAAAGAAUGUCUUUAAGACUUUUGGGAGUCAGAAGGAGGAAGAGGAUAAAACUUCUCCAGAGAUAAAGGAUCUAGAGGACUUUAACGAGGAUCGAGGGGAAGUUCCUGAGGAGGACAAAACAAUAAUAACUCCUGAAAAAAAUCAGGAUAAUCAGGAAAUGGAGGGAAAUAAUCUUGGGGAUUCUCCUGCGAAUUCCCCUGGAGAUGAGAAACAGGAGAAACUGGAGGGGACACCCCUGGAGUUCAAAUCCUAUUCUGUGAAUAACACUAGGAGGGAAGUUCGUCUGACUAGUGUCCUGAAACUUCGAAAGACUGUGGAGGAUAAUUACCACGAGGGACUCCGGAAAAUUCUCUCGGGGAUGACGUUCGUUGGGUGCGUUGACGAGGAAUUGGCUCUCGUCCAGAGCGACGUCAACCUGUACAUCUGCAACACAACUCGACUAGCGGAGGAGCUCUUCUACGAGAUCAUGCUGUAUGAUUUUUCAAACUACGGGGUGAUCAAAUUUUCGGAGCCCCUGUCGAUCUACGACCUGGCGAUGCUGGGGUUGGAAACCGAGGAAGCAGGAUGGGACGAGGGAGACGGCCCCAAGGAGGAAAUAGCCUCCAACGUGAAGGAGCUGCUCCUGGAGAAGGCGGAGAUGCUCAAGGAGUAUUUCUCAAUCGUAAUAGAUAAGAGGGGAAACUUGCGAUCCCUCCCAGUUCUCCUUCAGGAUUAUUUUCCAAAUCAAGCAGAGAUCCCUAUUUUUAUUCUGAGGCUGUCGACAGAGGUUGACUGGUCUGAGGAGCAGACGUGCUUCGACAAUAUCUGUCGGGAAGUCGCCAAAUUCUACAGCAAAAUUGACCCCAACAAUCUCCAACAGGACUGGAAGCACUUGACUGAACAUGUUAUCUACGAUGCUAUCAAGGAGAGCCUUUUGCCUCCAAAACAUUUCUCCCACGACUCCACUAUUCUCCAAAUAGCAAGUUUACCUAAUCUUUAUAAAGUAUUUGAAAGGUGCUGAUUUAUUCCUCU